AUGGCUUCCCGACCGACCGUCACCAUCGCCACGGCCGAUGGCAAGCCCAGCGGCGCGACUCACCCUCUCCCUACCGUUUUCACCGCCCCAAUCCGUCCCGAUAUUGUCCAGUCGGUGCACACUGGUAUUGCGAAGAACAGGAGACAACCAUAUGCUGUGAGCGAGAAGGCCGGUGAACAGACUUCCGCCGAGUCUUGGGGUACUGGCCGUGCUGUUGCCCGUAUUCCUCGUGUCUCUGGUGGUGGUACGCACCGUGCUGGCCAGGCCGCUUUCGGUAACCAAUGUCGUUCCGGUCGUAUGUUCGCUCCCACCAAGGUGUGGCGUAAGUGGCAUCAGAAGAUCAAUGUCGGACAGAAGCGUUUCGCUACUGCUUCCGCCUUAGCUGCUUCUUCCGUGCCAUCCCUCCUCUUCGCUCGUGGUCACCGCGUUGCCAACAUUCCAGAGGUCCCACUCGUUGUUGACUCCAAGACCUUCGAGAAUGGCGCUAUUGCGAAGACCAAGGCUGCCAUUGCUCUUCUCCAGGCCCUCGGUGCUGGCGCAGAACUCGUCAAGGUCCAAAAGUCCCGCAAGAUUCGUGCUGGUAAGGGUAAGAUGCGCGGCCGCAGAUACCGCCAGCGCCGUGGACCUCUCGUUGUCUACAACCCCGAAGUCGACGGCAAGGAGCUUGUCAAGGCUUUCCGCAACAUCCCCGGUGUCGAGACUUGCUCCGUGUUCGCCUUGAACCUCCUCCAACUCGCUCCUGGUGGCCACCUCGGUCGCUUCAUUGUCUGGACCUCCUCUGCUUUCAGCGCUUUGGACCAGCUUUAUGGCACCACCACCGCUCCAUCCGCCCUCAAGAAAGACUACCUCCUCCCAUCCAACAUCGUUUCCAAUGCCGAUAUCACCCGCCUCAUCAACUCCUCCGAAGUCCAGUCCGUCCUCAGAGCACCCCGCGGCGACGCCAAGACCAAGAGAACCGGCGUCCAAAAGAAGAACCCCCUCAAGAACAAGCAGGUUAUGCUCCGACUCAAUCCCUAUGCUGCCGCCUUCUCCAAGCAGAAUCUGGGUCAAGCUGGUGUCGAAUCUGGCAAGCCAGAGCGUGCUGGUGAGACUUUCCACAAAAUUCUUAAUGAGAACUAA